CUUGUGACAGGACACUUCCCAUUCACGGAGGGCAGUAGAAGACAGCACUGCCUGGCUGGAACUCUAUAGACUCAGGAGAAAGAUGAAUUGGCCACAUUCCUGCAUCUCCUUUUGUUGGAUUUACUUUGCUGCCUACAGACUGAGAGCUGUAGGGUCGGCAGAUGGGAAAUAUGCUCAGAAGUUGUUUAAUGACCUUUUUGAAGAUUAUUCCAAUGCUCUCCGCCCAGUGGAAGAUACGGAUACAGUCCUGAAUGUCACGCUGCAGAUUACACUUUCUCAGAUAAAGGAUAUGGAUGAAAGAAAUCAAAUUCUGAUCGCCUACUUGUGGAUACGCCAAAUCUGGCAGGAUGCAUAUCUCAAAUGGGACCAAGAGCUGUAUGAUGGUCUAGACUCCAUCAGAAUCCCCAGCGACUUGGUGUGGAGGCCAGACAUUGUCCUAUACAACAAGGCAGAUGAUGAGUCUUCAGAACCAGUGAACACCAAUGUGGUUCUGCGGUAUGAUGGGCUGAUCACCUGGGAUGCGCCAGCCAUCACCAAGAGCUCCUGUGUAGUGGAUGUCACCUACUUCCCCUUUGACAAACAGCAGUGCAAUCUAACCUUUGGUUCUUGGACCUACAAUGGCGAUCAGGUGGACAUAUUCAAUGCCCUGGACAGCGGAGACCUCUCUGACUUCAUUGAGGAUGUGGAAUGGGAGGUCCAUGGCAUGCCUGCAGUGAAGAACAUGAUCUCCUAUGGCUGCUGCUCUGAACCUUACCCAGAUGUGACAUUCACUCUUCUUCUGAAGCGGAGGUCCUCAUUCUAUAUUGUCAACCUGCUUAUUCCAUGCGUCCUCAUCUCUUUUCUGGCCCCCUUGAGUUUUUACCUUCCAGCAGCUUCUGGGGAAAAGGUCUCCCUGGGAGUGACAGUCCUCUUGGCCAUGACUGUAUUUCAACUAAUGGUGGCAGAGAUCAUGCCAGCCUCAGAAAAUGUCCCUCUAAUAGGCAAAUACUACAUAGCUACCAUGGCUUUGAUCACAGCAUCGACUGCCUUGACUAUUAUGGUGAUGAAUGUCCACUUCUGUGGGGCCGAGGCCCGGCCAGUGCCACACUGGGCCAGAGUGGUCAUCCUGAAAUACAUGUCCAGAAUCUUGCUUGUAUACGACGUGGGUGAGAACUGCCUGACCCCACACCACAACAGACGACGGGACCACUUCACAAAGGUUUAUGGCAAGCUCCCAGAACCUAAUCUGAAAACAGUAGGGAACAAAGAUCUUUCUAGAAAGAAAGAAAUAAACAAACUCUUAAAGAAUGACUUGGAAUGCCAGGGUGAGAGUCCCCAGAAUGCUGACAAUUACUGUGCACGGUACAACAUGCUGACAAAGAAUAUUGAGUAUAUUGCCAAGUGCCUCAAAGACCACAAAGCCACUAAUUUCCAGGGAAGUGAAUGGAAGAAGGUUGCGAAAGUGAUAGACCGAUUCUUCAUGUGGAUUUUCUUCAUUAUGGUGUUUGUGAUGACUAUUUUGAUAAUAGCAAAAGCAGAUUAGUGA